GAAAUGGUAAAUUUUCUGUUAUGUAUGUUCUACAGUUUUUAAAAAAGAGAAUGAAAAAAGUCAGAUGUUAAUAAUGUUGAAAGUCAGAUCAAAAGAUUCUUUCUGGCUAGAUUUAAUGUAAGAAAAUGGACUGUGGUAGGUGUGUAAGCAUUGAGAAGAUAAAUGACUGCAGCACUAACGCGUGCAGGAGGCGUGGGGAAUGGCAUAAGGAGUGCCAGCAUGCCUGCCCCCAGCCUAGGCGUGAGCGCUGCCAGGCCAGCGAGCGCCCAUCCUGCGCACACCUCUCUGGGCCCCGGCUGCUGUCUUGGAUUCGGUGUUUCUUUCCCUGAACUGAUGGACAAAAUGGGGGAUCAGGAAGAAGUGACAGAAACCAGAGGCAUGGGCAGAGGAGCUGGGGACAGGCUGCCUGACUAAUGAGUCCCUGGCUGGCCUGGCCAGGUGGGAUUUGCUGAUGUGUCAGGAAGUGGCAAGAAACGAGAGUGGCCAGGGUAGAGUGCCACAUAUGAGCUCCGUGGCAGUUACUUUGGUGGCCAGGACCAGAGAAGCUGUCGAAUCAGAGCUGCUCUUCAGGAAGAUUCACUUGGCAGCAGAAACAUGGGCUGCCUGGGUGUGAUGAGACUCAAGAAAACCAGGUUGGAGGAAGAUACAGAAGGGCGCAGGCUGUUCAGCUGAGCAAAGAGAUGACGCUUGCCAGCAACCGGAGCCUGGCGGAGGGGAACCUCCUGUAUCAGCCUCAGCUGGACACCCAGAAGGCGCAUCUGACUCAGAAGUACCAGGAGCUCCAGGUCCUCUUUGAAGCCUACCAGAUAAAGAAGACCAAAUUAGAUAAGCAGUCGAACAGCGCCUCCUUGGAGACCCUCCUGGCGCUUCUUCAGGCAGAAGGGGCCAAGAUCGAGGAGGACACUGAGAACAUGGCCGAGAAGUUCCUGGAUGGCGAGCUCCCCCUGGACGCCUUCAUUGACGUCUACCAGAGCAAGCGGAAGCUGGCCCACAUGCGGCGGGUGAAGGUGGAGAAGCUCCAGGAGAUGGUGUUCAAGGGCCAGAGACUUCCACAGGCCCCAGGCCCGCUGCCACCCAGGGUGCCUGAGCCCGUGCCCGCUGCCUCGCUGCCCUACCCUGCCCUGGAGGCCGGCGGGCCCCCCUCUGUCGUUCCUCGGCGCAUCGCCCCACCGCCGCCCCCAGUGCCUACAGGACGUUUGGCCACCCCCUUCACGGCUGCCAUGGGCUCCGGACAGGCCCUGCCAUACCCCGCGUCGCAGUGCCCGCCCCUGCCGCCCCGCGUGGGCCUGCCCCCUCCUCAGGGAUUCUCAGCGCAGCUGGUGUCUCCUUACCCACCGGCUCUGCCCCAGAGGCCCCCGCCGAGGCUGUCUCCGCACCAGCCGGGCUUCAUCCUGCAGUGAGCACCGGCGCUGUCCUCCUGAGACGCCUCGGCCCGCCACGCCGCUUCUGCAUGUGCAGACUGCCGGUCCGGCCGCGGGCAGGGCCUGGCUCCUGGGCCAGCGUCCAUCUGACUUAGAGCUGUAGGUCCGUGGUAGGUAGAAGUAGAGACCCAGGUUAUCACCCGAGGCCCCAGGGUUGCUGGGCCGCAGCCUGGCCGCCUGUGCGUCACGGAGGUUUGCGAGGCGUGCGUGAUUUCUAAGUAUCUAGGGUUGACGGACUCAUGCAUUUGGGAAGAGAAAACCUCUGCCACUCCCAGCUAGAAUCUUGGUCCUCCCGCUGCAACUUUAUUUAAUAAGCAUGGCUAAUUGUAUCUGUUUUGUUAUUUUCAAGCCAGUGCUGUGUCUCACCCUGGGAGGUGCUCGUGGCCGGGCCACCAUGCCAGCUGCCAGCUGCCCGAGCAUCGGGCCGCGAUUGUGAGUCACGCAGCCCCUCCCCCAACCGGGCUGCUCCUCAUGCCUCAAAGCCAUGGGCGCCACCCACCCCGGGGCCACUGCUGUCCAGAGGCCCUGAGGAGCCAGAGCCGGCUUUCCCAGCCUGGUCCCAGCUCCUCCUGUGAGCCAGUCAGCCCCUGAGGGUUCUGUGAGGAAACACUCCCCCAGUAUUUUUACUACAUGUCCAAUUUUCCUGUUUUAUAUUGGGAAAGAAAACUUUUGACACAAGACCAUUCAGGGAAACUUUUUAAAAAUGCAAAUACUGUUUUGAGCAGUUUGCGAUGCAGAUGAAGCAAAUGCAGUCUCCUUCCGUACGAUGCGGGUGCCCGUGCUGUGCCUUACCUUUACCUGGUGCCAGGGCCGAGGCCUGCAAGGUGCCUGCCGUGGGUGCCGUGUGGCUGCAGGCCGGGCGGGCCCACAGCUGUGACCCCAAAGGCCCUGGCCUAGAAACAGGUGGGGGAGGGGCCGGCUGGGAUGUGCCCCAGGGCGGGUGGAGCUCCUGGUGCGGGCAGGGGCAGGGGGCUGUGAACGCCUUCCUGGGGACGCCACACCCUGCCCUCCCUCACUCCUCGUCCACUUGUGCCACGUGUGCAGACUCCAGGCCCCCCGGGCAGCGUGGCACCUGUUGGCAGAACAGCCCAUGUGCCAUUGGUGGACCUCACCCUGCCCUUGCCCCAUCACCUGUCGGGCAGGGCUGCCUGCCUUUGCCUCCACUCCCUCCGCUCCUUUUCCUGGACUUGAACUCUACUGCACUGUUCAUUGUUUUGUAAAGAAACAAAGCUGCAGGACGAUUCACUGCCUUGCCAGUCAGGUGGGCUUGCCAUGCUCUGUGGCUCUCGAGCGAGUGGUGCCCCUCCCGGAUACCUCUGCUGCCUGCCCGCGGUGUCGGGCGUGUCCAGCCGCACAGCCACAGCCAAAUGCGAGCUUGGUGCGAUGCUGCGAAGGAGCCGCCAGGCUGGCCGCACUUGCCAUCGCCGGCCUCAUCUGGCGCCGUGGCUGUAAGCUGUAGGACCAUUUUUAAUAAACCGAGAACUGUUGA